AUGGUCCAUAAAUACAUUAGUAGGUGGGCAUAUGAAAGCGCAAUUCCUUUUCAUGCCUUUGAAAGGGAUAGCUUCAAAAUGAUGUUGGAGGUUGUUGGUCGAUUUGGAACUGGGAUUCCACCUCCUACUAGAUAUGCUUUGAGUGACACACUUCUAAAGCAUGAGCUAGUUGGUGGCACAACUCCUCAUUUGACAAAGAUUGCAAUGAUGAUUCUUUCUUUGACUAGUAGUUCAUCGGGUUGUGAAAGGAAUUGGAGCACGUUUGAAGGGGUACAUACAAAAAAACGAAAUAGAUUGGAGGCAAGCAAAUUGAACAAUCUUGUUUAUGUUCAAUUCAAUGUUAAUUUAAUCGAAAAAAAUCAAAAGCGAAAAGACAGAAAUAUGGAGGUGCUAUUAGCAAAUCAUUCACUCUCGGCUCAAGAAUGGAUUGUUGAUGUAGAUGAAGUAGACCCCGAAACGGUUAAUGAAGAUCUAGGAAUCGAUGAUAAUCAAGCACCUCGAGAAAGUCCAAGAACGAGAGAACUUUCCGAUGAAGAUUUUGAAUCCGAGAGGAGGAGCAAGUGUUAG